AUGGCCGAUGUGGAGAUGACGGACGCUGCACCAAAAGUCAAGAAGGCGGGACCAAGCACAGGCGAUACAGAUGGCAAGAAGAGAUUCGAAGUGAAGAAGUGGAACGCAGUCGCGCUCUGGGCCUGGGACAUCGUUGUUGACAACUGCGCCAUCUGCCGCAACCACAUCAUGGACCUGUGUAUCGACUGUCAAGCAAAUCAAGCUUCUGCCACGAGCGAGGAGUGUACGGUCGCUUGGGGUAUCUGCAACCACGCCUUCCACUUCCACUGCAUUUCUCGAUGGCUCAAGACACGUCAAGUAUGCCCGCUUGACAAUCGCGACUGGGAAUUUCAGAAGUACGGACGAUGAGGGGAGAAAGAAACGCGCAAGAGUUCGAAAUCGGGGAUGCGAUACUAUAGACGGCUUCGUGGCAAGAAGAGUGCCUUACAGCCGGGGCGCAUGAUGAUACCAUGACUUGCAUUGAGGAGCGACAACUGAAGUCGCUGAGAUGCUAGCCCAAAGCGCUAGCAGAAUAUUGAGACCGGUGUCGUACGAACGCCAUAACACCACG